GUCGCGGGCUUCCUGCGGCGGCUGAGCCCUGGCCGGGCGCGCGCCCAUCGCCAUGUACUCCUUCGUGGUGCGCGACGAGAACAGCAGCGUCUACGCCGAGGUGUCCCGGCUGCUGCUCGCCACGGGCCACUGGAAGAGGCUGAAGCGAGACAACCCCAGGUUCAACUUGAUGCUGGGCGAGCGAAACCGGCUGCCCUUCGGGAGACUGGCCUUUUCUUUCCUUAUAGGUCAUGAGCCUGGGCUGUUACAGCUGGUGAAUUACUACAGGGGGGCGGACAAACUGUGCCGCAAGGCUUCUUUAGUGAAGCUCGUCAAGACAAGCCCAGAACUAUCUGAGUCCUGCAUGUGGUUUCCUGAGUCCUAUGUGAUUUAUCCAAUGAAUCUCAAGGCACCAGUUGCUCCGGCACAGAAUGGAAUCCAGCCUCCAGUCAGCAACUCAAGGACAGAUGAAAGAGAAUUCUUUCUGGCUUCUUAUAACAGAAAGAAGGAGGAUGGGGAGGGCAACAUUUGGAUUGCAAAGUCAUCAGCUGGUGCCAAAGGUGAAGGCAUCCUCAUCUCCUCAGAGGCUUCAGAGCUUCUGGAUUACAUAGACAACCAGGGCCAAGUGCAUGUGAUCCAGAAAUACCUCGAACACCCUCUGCUUCUCGAGCCUGGUCACCGCAAGUUUGACAUUCGAAGCUGGGUCCUGGUGGACCAUCAGUAUAACAUCUACCUCUAUAGAGAGGGUGUGCUUCGAACUGCCUCAGAACCAUAUCAUGUUGAUAAUUUCCAAGACAAGACCUGCCACUUGACCAAUCACUGCAUUCAGAAAGAGUAUUCAAAGAAUUAUGGGAAAUACGAAGAAGGAAAUGAAAUGUUCUUUGAGGAGUUCAAUCAGUACCUAACAAGUGCUUUGAACAUUACCUUAGAAAACAGUAUUUUACUACAAAUCAAACACAUAAUAAGGAGCUGCCUCAUGAGUGUGGAGCCAGCCAUCAGCACCAGGCACCUCCCUUACCAGAGCUUCCAGCUCUUCGGCUUUGACUUCAUGGUGGAUGAGGAGCUGAAAGUCUGGCUCAUUGAAGUCAAUGGCGCUCCUGCUUGUGCGCAGAAGCUCUAUGCAGAAUUGUGCCAGGGAAUCGUGGACAUAGCCAUAUCCAGUGUCUUCCCACCCCCGGAUGUGGAUCACCUGCCACAGCCAGCUGCCUUCAUCAAGCUAUGACAGCUGGGAUGCACAAAGCUGCCUUGGGAAAUGCAUGGGGUCCUGCUCCAGGGGAAGAUGAGGUGACCAGACAGCUCCUUAUCAUGCCAAGACUGGGAACAGACAUGAUGAAGAGAGUGUGAAGGAGGAGGCAGCUCCCAGAGAGUGGAUGAUGCUCUCAACAGUGCUGUGGAGACUUGAGGAAAUGGAAACAAAUGUCUCAGAGGGAGAGCCGAACAUCUGUCUAACUAAAACCAGGGAUUUGGUUUGUUGUCAUCCUUUGAACAGUUUCUGUUCUUAGGCGGCACUGGAAGCAGAGUCACUCCUCCUCGGGAUCCUCUGCUUGGUGUCUUUCCACCUGCCGCAGUCUUAGUGCCUUAGCCUUGUGCCCCAUGUAGCCCCAGUGUCUGGGACACAGACUGGAUGUUAGAGAAUUCUUGAGGUUGCCAUGCAUUUCCGGCUCAUCCACUCUGUAACACUCAACUUGGGACAAGCAUGCACCAACAGUCCUCAUUUAAUGCUGUGCAUCAUCCUCAUGGUGAAGGCCAUGUUCGUGUCCCCUUCCUGAUGGCAUGUGAGUGAACACCUGUGAGGGGUCUUGUGUUCUGGGGACCCAACAGCAUUGCUGCUCUCUGCAUGUUUUAGAAACAAGUAGCAGGUCUGAUGAACCAAUAGCUAUCAAGUAAGCAUGAGAAAGGAAGGAAAUUUUGAUCUACUUAAUGGGUUGGGUUGAUGGGGGUCCUGAAGUAUUAACUUUUCUCAAUUAUCUGGUUUAAUCAGAAUUCUAAAUACAAGUUCUUUUUCAUUUCCCUUCCCCCGCCCCUUCAUCUUUGUAAAAGUUUUCUCUGCAGGUCAGGGAAUGUAGAAGUCCAUGUCCAUCCUCCUCCCCUGGUGGUCCUGGCCAGAUAUAGGUAGCUCUUCAUUUUUUUUUUUUUUCUUUUUGGGGGGUGUCCUUCUUAUACUUCAAGUACCUUCGGGAAGGUUCCAUGCCGGGCAGGAAGGUCCGUCUGCUUGUGCCGCUGGCAUCAGCAGAGGUGAUCUCUGAAUAAGUAGAUGUCUUCCCAAAUGGGGAAGAAGUGGUUUCAGAGCUCUAUACAGCCUGUGUGUCUCAACAAAAGUAUACACUUCGAUGUCGCUUCUAUGGAAUGGAUCCAUUAGUAUUUUGUAAGCUUCUCCAGAGCCCCCAUCACCAGUAGUGGGAAGAUGUUAUUUGUGGUCAGUGUGAACUGAAUAGUUUCUCCUUGAAACUACCCUAGAAGUCACAGCAGAUACUUUGAAAGCUGCUCUUCUCCCCAGAGUAUAGUGUAUUUUUUUCUUGGUGCAUAUGAUGAGAUGUGGAAGCUUAUGGUGGGAAAAGGAAUAAUGAUAAAUUUUUUAAUAGAUACAGCAGUGGGUAAUAGGAUGCAGAGGUGUUACGUUGAAGUGAAAAAAAGGUUGAUUGGCAGGAAUUCGGAAUUACAGGAUAAGGGCUGGGGAGAUGGUUCAGUGGUCAAUGGUGCAUGCUUAUGAAAUUACAGGACAAACAUGCUAUGGUUUCCUAGAAUAUGGAUAACAUCGUUUGUAUCCAGAACAAAACACAGCAGGAAUUGUGAAGGCCCAGGCCAGCUAAUGAAUGGGUUAGUGUUUGGGAACUUCUUUGAAGGGAGUGAGGUCUGAUCAGAUCUUGGUAAGAUACAUGCACAUUUAGGAAGUGGAGGCUCCUUGGUAAGUCUAGGUGGGCUGAUGGUGGGGAAAGCAUGGUUUUUGUAUGCUUUUGGACCCAAAUUACAGGGGCACUCGGGCAUUUUCUAGUUGUUCCAGUGAUAGAGCUAAGCAUUCAGAUGCUAGUUAACUUCAUAUAUCCUGAUAGAUUUUGUAAGAAACCUUGAAUCCAUAGCAUAUAUGUAAGAGAAUAAGGCUUUAAGAAAAUGAAAAGAGCUGGGUGUGGUGGCUCACGCUUUUAAUCCCAGCACUUGGGAGGCAGAGGUAGGAGGAUGGAAAUGAGUUCAAGGUCACCCU